GAGUAGUAGACUAGAGUUUUUCCUUUUUUUGUUUUAUUGUUUUGGGAUACAAGCGCCACUGGUGUUGUGUGCGUGCAACGUCGCCUUGCUCUUCUACCCUCCGAUGUAUGGAGUCCACCGGAGACUCUUCCUUUUGAGGUUGAAACGCGGUACCUCAACAGCGAAACAAAAAGAAUAAAAGAAAGAAAGGCGAGCCAACGCAGAAGUAAGACGUCCGUGCUCAUCUGUGCCCCGCCUUUUUUUCCCCGCACCUGUCGGAACCCGGGAACCGCAGCAGAAGCAGCUCGACCAAACAAACGGGGCCAAACGCGUAAUGGAAUCGCAGGUGGAGAUGUGAAGGAGGCGCACCAGAGUAGAGGAGCGCCGCCUGCUUCCUCUUGUUGGUGACGUCGCUGCCGGUCUUCUACCAGUUCUGCUUCUCUGCUCUGCUGCUUCGACAGGCUUUCAGGGCCCGUUGUUCCGGCCUGCCAUCUUCGCUUGCCCCGCAAAAGCGGCUGGCCGUGCCAUGGUUUGCUUCUCUCUUAUGAGAGCGGCUCCCCUCUCAUCCAGGCUGUUUUCAUUGCGUCAUUGGGGAGGUGAAGCACCUUCAACGUUCUUCUUCCCUUUGCUGUUCUUUGCCUUUCUCUUCACUCGGAUGUUAAACGCGCACGCGCGCACACGCAGACGCACUCUUCGGUGUGUGACGGCGCGACGGUGGGGCGGCUCCACGACGGAGUCACCCUCACUGCCUUUCUUCGCUGCCCUGCCUGUGUCUGGGAGAGGUUUUCGGCUUCCCGCGACACGCGCCUGA